AUGGAUGACACCGUGCUCUGUGCUGAUCAACCUGAACUGUGUCAAAGAGAAAUGAACAGAGCACAAAAUCCAACCCCACCCCCAGCUCAGCUCUCCCUACCCCGCCUGGAGGGGGCACGUGCCAAACAGGUCGUUAAAAGCGAGCUCCAACGGUUCCUUUUGUCCAGUAGGCGCGGGCCAGGCUGGCGGGAGCUGGGGGCGGGAGCAGCCGCGAGCGGAGCGGGAGGCGAGCGGGCGGGCGCGGGACCUGCUCAGCGGGAGGAACUGAGGCUGGGGUUGGCGGCGGUUGGAGUUGGGGAUGGGGUAACUCUGGUUUUCAUUUCUGGAAAAGUGGUUGGAUACAGCAGAAGAAGCAAAAAAGGACAGUAUCGUUAUACCUUAUUUGAUGUAGGGAGACGCAUAGGACCCAACCUAGACAUCCCUUUUGAGUUUGAUGAUAGGGAAGCUAAUGUGCUCAUUGGGAAACGCGGUUACGUUCAGGAAUUUUCACGAUCGAUUAUCACUAGCAGUAAAGAGAAGGGUGAGAAUUACGGCACGCGCCCAAAUUUGAUAGGCGACGGUGAACUCCAAAAACCCGCUUUUCUGCCCGCGGACUCCGCACCUCCUGCGGUGGUGACCACGCUUGGCAGGCAGGAGGCUCAGACCCGCCAGGGCUCGCGGCAAAGCUUGGCGCUGCAGUGCGCGCCGCCUGGGAGGCUCAGUGCGGGGUGGCGGCCCUUGAGGGGAGAAGCAGGACAACCAGGAAAGUGCACUCACUUGGGGGUGGAGUGGAAACUGCAGCGCACCGCCCGGAGGAGGAUCCGCUCCGAGGAAGAGGUGUUGUGGGAGAAUAUCAUUCGGGUGCUCGCCAACAGCAUGAAGCAGCAGCGACGUCAAGGUUCCCCCAAGGUGAGUUUUCUGGACUUGCCCUUCUCUUCAUUCUGGAGCAACUUGGUGAAGAGGCCGGCUGCAGAGAUUGCUGUGGCCAGCAGGUGGCAGCCAAGCCCAGCCAGGGCCCCGCAGAGCUCUUCCUCCAUGGAAGAGGGCCCUCCCUCCCGCAUCCCUGAAUCUCUGGAAUCUGGUCUGAAGAUAGCACCAGCAGCAGGCACCCUAACUCUAAGAUCCCACAACAAAGAUUCACUGAAAACCCCAGCUAAAGGAAGUUCAGAAAUGAGUAACUCCACUCUUCAUUUUUGCAAAACACCUCUUGCAGGGGACAGAGGCUGGAAGGAAAAUGCUGCCACCAAAGGCCAGAAAUGCCUAAAUCAGCUAUUUGCAACCCAGAAGGGAGUUCAGCAAACUGAUGGGAAAAUGUGUCUCUGUGAGGAGUCCUGGCGUGUCUAGACAGGUUGUAGAGAUGGGGCUGGAGAUGAAUUCUACCUUAGGAGAUUCAGCGGUGUCCGCCAUUCCACAUGCCAAUCGGAGGUGAAGAUUCAUCCCCCUGGUCUUCAAAAUGACUACUAUUUCUCCUCACACUUUGACCUCCCAACCCUCCUGUCAUUGACCACAGAGAUGAUGGCUCUGUCCCAGGCUUUGCUGGGGUCCAGAUUGGGGCGUGUCCAUCACUAUGAUGUUCAGGUGGCCCAGCAUCAUGUAGGAACCCUUCACCACAAGGAGGCUGAGUGUGCUCUGAAAUGGUCACAAGGCAGGCUGCUCUCCAGUGGGUGUAAUGACGGAUUAUUGACAAUAUGGCCCAUAGUCUAGGGCCCACCACUGAAAGUUAUACCUCAGUCCACGGCAGUUAAGGCCAUGCAGUGGUGUUCCUGGCAAUCUGAGGUCCUUGCCGUUGGAAGAGGAAUGGAGGACGGAUGCCUACAUAUUUUGGAUGUAAAUACAGAGAGGAGCAUUCAGACUCCAAGCACACACUCACAGAUAUUUUCCCUCAUCUGGCUACCUAAGACAAAGGAGAUUGCAACUGGCCAAGGUGCUCCCAAGAAUGAUGUGGCACUGUGGACCUGCUCCACACUGAUCAGGUCCUGUGGGUUCUUUGGUCACAGAGCCAGAGUGCUGCAUUUGGCCCUGAGUCCAGACCAGACAUGCCUAUUUUCUGCUGUCGCAGAUGGGACCGCAUGUGUGUGGAAGUGCCAAGAGUCACCCAACCCAGCCAGCCCUAGGGAGGAUGCUUCCGCGGGCUUUCCUUCUCUACUAGGGGUUAUAAUCCUGGUGGUGGAGGAACACAGGUCCACUCCUGCACUUCCUGCUGUUGCCCGGGAUAAGUUGGCAUUGCAGGAGCUUGAUGCUGCACUUGGGGGCGGGUGGUCACCCGUGGAUAGGGGCCCCAUUGUGGGGCCCCCCGCUCGUUUCCCUGGACCACAGGGAGGGUUUGUCCACUAA